AUGGGUUCUUUAUUUAGAAGUGAGGAGAUGCGGCUCUGCCAGGUAUUUCUGCAGAAGGAGGCUGCUUACGCUUGUGUCUCUGAACUAGGAGAACUUGGGCAAGUCCAGUUCAAAGAUCUUAAUGAAAAUGUGAACGCCUUUCAGCGCACUUUUGUGACUGAAAUCCGUAGGUGUGAGGAAAUGGAGAGGAAAUUGCGAUACACUGAAAAGGAAAUCUUGAAAGAGGGAAUGAGGAUUCCAGACAACCUGGAGAAUCCCAAGGCUCCUGCCCCCAAAGAGAUGAAUGAUCUGGAGGUGGAGUUUGAAAAAGUGGAUACAGAACUGCGACAGGUCAACACAAACAAUGAGGCUCUUAAGCAAAAUCACCUGGAAUUGAUGGAGUUAAAAGAGGUUUUGGAGCUGACUCAGACUUAUUUUGCUGCUUAUGGUCAAGAUAUUCAAAGUAUGAUGGAUGAAGAAAUCCAGGGACACGAAGAGGCCAUCAUUGGACGACAACAGACAGCAGCUCUUGGAUUCUAUGUGGGCACAAUUUCUAGAGAGAAGGUGCCUGUCUUUGAGAGGGUGCUGAAGUUUAUCACACACAGCACUGUCUUUGUUAGGAUAGAAGAGAUCCCAAGGACAUUUCUGGACCCAGUGUCUGGAGAUGAGCUGCAUAAGUGUAUGUUUCUGGUGUUCUUUCAAGGAGAGCAGUUGAGGACUAGAGUAAAGAAAGUCUGUGAAGGGAUGAGAGGCACCAUUUACCCUGUGCCAGAUACGCAGAAGGAAAGAACUGAGAUGCUGAUUGGUGUCAAAACUAGAAUUGCUGACCUAGAGACUGUUCUUGCUCAGAGUAAUGAGCAUCGCAUGCGAGUGCUGGGGAAAGCCCAGAAGGAAAUCAGGUCAUGGACUAUAAAGGUAGAGAAAAUCAAGGCCAUCUAUCACACUCUGAACAUGUUCAAAGUUCAUCAGAACAGCUUGAUUGCCGAAUGCUGGUUCCCCGUUAAAGCUGCUGAUGAUAUCAGGAGGGCCCUCAAUGUUGGGGAGAAACAGAGCGGCAGUACAAUCCCUAGUGUGAUCCAGCCCAUGGUGACGGAUGAGAAACCACCCACUUACUACAACUGCAACAAGUUUGUCAUUGGCUUCCAGCACAUUGUGUCUUCCUAUGGUAUCGCCAGUUACGGAGAGGUCAAUCCAGCUCCCUAUACAGUGAUCACUUUUCCUUUCCUGUUUGCUGUCAUGUUUGGUGACGCUGGGCACGGAUUGAUCAUGUUCCUUUUUGGAUUGUUCAUGGUUCUGAAAGAGAAGUCAUUAGGUAGCAAGAAAAUGGGUAACGAGAUUGCAAAUACCUUCUUUGGAGGACGAUACAUCAUCAUGAUGAUGGGUCUGUUCUCCAUCUACACUGGGUUGAUUUACAACGAUGUCUUCUCCAGGUCUCUGAACAUCUUUGGCUCUCAAUGGAAACCAGUCACAUUAGAAAAAGAUUUGAGAAUAAAUGAAGAUAUUCAGCUGGAUCCUAAAUAUGACCACAUCAAUGGCACAGCAUACUUCUUUGGAAUUGACCCAAUCUGGCAGGGUGCUAAAAAUAAGAUCUUGGUGCUAAACUCUCUGAAGAUGAAGAUGGCCAUAAUUCUUGGCGUCAUUCACAUGUUGUUUGGAGUGAGUCUGAGUGUCUUCAACCAUAUCCAUUUUAAGAAUUACAUUGAUAUUUUUGUGAAGUUUAUUCCUGAACUUCUGUUCUUGGGCUGCCUGUUUGGCUACUUGGUCGUUCUUGUCUUCUAUAAGUGGAUCAUGUUUGAUGCUGUCAGCUCCAAGUGUGCUCCGUCGCUGCUUAUCCAUUACAUCAAUAUGUUCAUGUUGAAGUAUAAUACGAAUGAAUGUGACCCACAAGCUAUCUUUUACAAGGGUCAGCAAGGGGUACAGAUCACUAUGCUUUUGUUGGCCGUGCUUUCAAUUCCUGUGCUGCUGAUUGUCAAGCCAGUGGUUCUGAUAGUAACACGCAAUCGUCGCCAGGCUGGGAUGCGAGAUGUCUAUCAUUCCUCAGACCCAUUGCUGUCCAAUGAGAUUAUGCCCGCAGAG